GAGGGGGGGAGGGAGAGAGAGAGAGAGAGAGAGAAGCGCCAUUUCUCAGGCCGAAUGUCGGUCGGCGUGAUCCGAGGCCCGGCGGGCAACAACGACUGCCGCAUCUACGUGGGUAACCUGCCGCCCGACAUCAGGACCAAAGACAUCGAGGACGUCUUCUACAAGUACGGCAGCAUCAGGGACAUCGACCUGAAGAACCGCCGGGGAGGCCCGCCCUUCGCCUUCGUGGAGUUCGAGGAUCCACGGGAUGCAGAAGAUGCUGUGUACGGUCGAGAUGGUUACGAUUAUGAUGGCUAUCGGCUGCGUGUAGAAUUUCCACGGAGUGGUCGAGGAACUGGAAGAGGGGGUCCCGGUGGAGGACCAAGGGCAAGAUAUGGACCCCCCUCCAGGCGCUCAGAAUACAGGGUGAUAGUUUCUGGGCUUCCUCCAAGUGGUAGUUGGCAGGAUUUGAAAGAUCACAUGCGGGAAGCAGGUGAUGUAUGUUACGCUGAUGUUUUCCGUGAUGGAACUGGUGUCGUGGAGUUUGUUCGCAAAGAAGAUAUGAAUUAUGCAGUGCGAAAACUGGAUAACACAAAAUUUCGAUCUCACGAGGGAGAAACAGCAUAUAUCCGUGUGAAAGUUGACGGUCCAAGAAGUCCGAGCUAUGGAAGAUCACGUUCACGUAGCGCAGUCGAAGCAGAAGCCGUAGCCGAAGUCGCAGCAGAAGCCGUAGUUACUCUCCCAGACGAAGCAGAGGAUCUCCCCGCUACUCGCCCCGUCAAAGCAGAUCACGCUCGCGUAGUUAGAUCUUAAGCCAAUGCUGGAAUUCCUUGUAGUACUACACCACUCUUUCCUUAUAGAAUUGAUUCUUUUUUUAAAAAAAUACACGUUAAUUAGUUUUAUUCAAGUUUACUACAGAAUUUAAAUUGUCUGAUAUCCAUACAAAGAGGGUUUCUUCUCUUCAUUGUUAACAUUCCCUCCUCUAUCGUUGCUAAGGUCUAAUUUUUAAUUGUAUAGAGAGAGUAGGUUUGGAGUUUGACCGGAAGUUUUCAGGAAUGGUGUCAACACAGACUGAUUAACAGUAAACUUGCAGUAAUGUGUUAAUGUUUAUAGUUCAUUUGAAUAAGUCCUAAUGUAAGAUUCGUAGGAGGCUAUGUAGAUAGGACUGUUGUGAAACUUGUUUGUGAAAACCUUGUGUUGUACCUUAUCUUACCUUUUCAUGUAUCUUCCUAUAGACAUAUCUCAACUGAGGAUGGAUUAAGCAUUCUUUGGAUUAAAGGAUUGUGGAGCUCAUUUCAGUCAUAUUAGGAAUGUCAAACCGUGUCUAAUUGGAGGAGGAGGAGGAGGAAUCUGAUCAUUUAUGGAGGCAAUGGUUUGGAUUGGAGAGGGCUCAUUGGAUCCCAAUCCUUGGAGCUGGAUCUUUGGAUUCAAUUCAUUGUGAGGAUAGGAUAGGGAGGAUCAUAACAUGGAUUCAUGGAGCGGGAUCAAAUUACCAGGAGCUGUAGGAGUGGAUUCCUGCCCCAAUCAAACCGCACAUUUGGAUUUUUUUUCCCUCUUUUUUCCCCCCACCCCCCCUCCCCAAAAGACCCUAAUUGGCUAUUUCAAAAAAAGUCUUCCUUUUUUAUUUUAUUUUUGUCAGUUGGAGUCCAAUGGAUGGCCCCCAUGGGAUUGGGCUUUUUUUUUUGCUUUUUUUUUAAACGAAGUGAAAACCAGGAACCGGGAGAGGUACGCAGAAGCAAUCAAUCUCCUUGGACGGAUUCGGCAUUCAGGAUUUGGUAACAAUUUAAGAAGGGUGCUACCUUAUUUUUUUGUAAGCAAUUAUUAAUUAAUGGGGUAUUUUGCUUUUUAAAAAAAAUGAUAAACAAUUGGCUUUGCUUACCAAAAUUAAUGAUUAAGGGAAUAGAUAAAAUUGGCUAAUUUGGGGCCAAAAAGAUAACUUCCUGCUCAUAGUUUUAAUGUUUAACCUCCGUUUUGACAAUAAAUUCUUUUUUUACAUGCAUACUUGGAGUUUGUGAUUAUUUUGUGAACAGUAGUUUUUACCUUGCAUUUUGUGUAACUAGUCAAUCUUAAGUAAUCAUAAUACUGUUCACAGUAGAAUUCCUUGUUAAUGACUUGGAUUUUAUAUAUUCCCCUUCACUUAGUUGUACUAUCGCAUAUAUCCUACUUUUUGGUUAUUUGAUAAUUGAUCCCCUAUAUGUGAAAGUGUGGUACUGGAUUUAAGUCUGCUGGUACACAGUUGGAAUGAAACGGCUAACCAAAAAAAAAUACACAUUAGCUGUGACAUGAUUUGUUUAAUUACUUUCACAACUUAAUUGACUGAAGUUUAUUUUUUUUGUUAAAUACUGUUUCCCACUGUUUACUAUAGUGUGGUAGAACGUAUUCCUACUUUCUCAUUGUUUGUUUUCACAAACAGAUCAAUUGCUGGAGCAAUGUUGAUUUCUAAAACUAAAGCCAGGAUUGAGAGGUUUCAGAUUUUCAACUUUUUCACUCUGGAAAAUAGUUCUGUAUUAAAAGGAAGGAAAACUGUGCAGUGCUGAUGUGACAACUAAUGGCAGCACUUAUGCAUUUGAAAGGUACUGUAGAGACAUCUAGUGGUUUAAGCAAGAUCAUUUGGUAUGGUUUGUACGUUCAGCAGUUCAGACAUUUCUGAUUUUCUUGCAACGUUUAUUACACCUGUCCUGUAACAUUGCAGAUGAUUUGAAAGUGACCAGAAGAUGCAGUAAACCAGCUGACAAGAGUGUAAGAUGAGUAAACUUGGUGAGCAGAAAAAUGUUGUGAAAUUUAAUAAAGGAUCAACAAAGUC